AUGACUUCAAUCCAGUCGCUCGGCCUCCAUGAGCCCAGCGCUCUGCCAUACCUUGUUGCCGCCUCGAUCCUUCCCUCUGAUCCUCCCGCUUCACUGUAUAAAUGGACACUCUCGCGGGUGUACGACAAAGAUGCUUCGAAUUUCGUGGAAGAGGAGGUUCUCCUCACAGAACACGCCGUCGUAUGGUCCAGGAAUGGUGCAAUUGAAAGAGCGCUCAACCUCAGUGUGGAAGGGGAGACUAUUCUCCAUGCUUUUGUCACUCGAUUUGGUGAGCCAGGAAAUCAUGACAAGGCCAGUCAACAGCGGCACUCAGCCGAGAAGCUAUCAGAGCGGGGCUUAGUGGUGGUGUUCAAGACUCAGGUUCACAUAUUCCUUCUCUCCGGCGAUAGCUAUGUUUUCCCUCUCUCCUUUGAGGUUGAAUCUGCGUUUCCUUAUUCAUCUGGCUUCAUUCUACAGCGAAAACUGGGUGAUGAGGAAUCUGUUGGCUACGUUGAACAGGUUCACCAUGACCUGAGCACCAUCAACGAGACUCUGACUUCUAUCGGUGGCAACAGCUCAAGACCGUCGCUGGUCUUGCCAGAGAAGCGCCACUCAGACCCUAGGAUGAUGUCUUCCAACUCCAGUGGCAUGCCCAGGACCUUUGCAUUGAGCGAAAUAAUGUCAGAGUUAGGCCUCGUUGUAUGGAGUCGCAACCGGAAAGGUGAAGCUCUCGAAGAAUGCAAUGCUCUUCCACGUUCAGAGAAAUUGAUCUUCGUGACUACUGGGGACGAAUGCGGCGCUGAAAGCGGCUGCGAUCAACCUGUCAGCAUGGCUUUGACCUUCAACCAAAAAAAUACUACCUUCACACUCUGGCAUGUCGGUGGGAACGUUAUAACCGAGCCCCAACAACCACGGAGUAAGAAGGAUGGCGGCACCAAAUCUCGCGCAUCUUUGAGGAAGAGUUCAAACGUCUACAGUCGAGAGCCUGCCACCCUCAGGGAAAGCCUUUUAGGAUCCCGUCCUCCGUAUCCUGAUGGUGGGCCAUUCUCUUCUCUAGAGGAGCAGAAAUCCUUCCCAGCAAAUGACCUGGCUUCUCAAUUAGGGCCCGAGUUUGGCGAUGUCGGAGUGCAAACUAGGUCAGCCCGCAGAGUCAGUUCGAUGCUGGCACGUACAGAUUUGGGUACUGCAACAGAUCGAAAUACAUCCAACGACCUCGCAGUGGGCCAUGCAGGUCGACAGAGUCUGAAUAGGGCAGGCAGGCGAGGCGAAUCAAUCGGAAGCUUCAACGAUCGGCAGAGCCUUGGUUUUCGACGAAGGAGCUCUUUUCCGACCAAUGCAUCUAUUUUCAGCAAUGGUACCUCGUUCAUGGACAUUUCAGCUCGGGGACUUCUAGAAGAAUUUGACCCGUUGCGGCAAUCUACCCGCCUCGAAGAUGAUAUUUUGGACGGUCCAGAAAUCAAUCUACCCAAAAGUGUUGGGUUUUUUAAAGUAAAAAGCUUUCCCAGACGGCAUACAUCUCCCGAGUCCAGUCCAGCGUUGGAAACGAAGGUUUUGCAGCUGUCCAGGAGUGGCUUCUUCGAGCAAGAUGGUAAGCGAACGAGGGACGUCUAUCUUUGCGUGCUGGACAAGAGCAUCCAAGAGAUGACCAUAGUCAGAGUUCUGGUGAAAAGCCACAUCCACGGCUCUACAAGGAAAUCGACGGUCUCGAAGCAUUCGUUUGAGCUCAAAGUUGCUGAAAUCCGCAGACUACCAGGCAUAAAGGACGCUUGCACGGUCGUGGAUAGAUCUAUCCAGCGAUUGGUCGUCCUAACACAAUCUCGGUCACAGAUGGUUGGCUUGCAACUCGAGUCGCCCUGGUCUCCGUCCUUCCAGAUCGGACUUCCCGCUCGAUUCGCAGUCUACGAUCCGUUCCUGAGCUCUCCGUCAUCUAGCCCUAGAAAGGAUAAAGAUACGGGAAUCAGGAGGGUUAUACCAGGUAAAGAUAUACAGAUUCAAGCAUUGCUCGACUCAGGAAUGCAAGCACAGAUCUACGCGAUAGACCAAGACAUGCGCCGGCAUGCACUGAGAAUCCGACUUGCUCCUCGAGAUCCUCUUGUGCAAAAGGUUCUCAAAGUGUGUCACAUGGUGCUGGGUUCAAACCAACAGGAAAGCCUUCUCGUUGCAUUCUGGGAGGUCUCAAGGUGGUUGAGAGGCAAAGCGCCACCAGUGACCUCGGAAUGGACAGCACUGCUGGUAGUGCUCUUCUCGCUGGGAGUUCCUUUCAUCAGCGGUCAACCUCCACAGUCGACGCCCACGCGCCGUCGAAACAAAGCGGCUCUUCGCUCCAGCAGUGGGAGUUCCAUCGACCUUACGAAUUACGAACUCAUGCAUCAUGCAGAUGACGAAAUAUACCAAACCUCUGGAAUGCAAGGGCCCGCUUGGGACUGGAUGUCGCGGAAGCCCCUUGGUGCAACGGUGGUGACCCCAAAAUCAAAGCACUCCCGAGCGGCGAGCUCGGCAUCUUUCUCUGAAAGUACUUCCGAUAAGAAGAACGCCUUCUUGAUUUCAUGUAUAGCACUGGCAAGAGAGUACACUCAGACUCCGAUAGGGGAAAGUGCCCUCGGACCGGAGGGUUAUUUGCCAACUUCGAUUAACAGGGACCGAGAGCAACGAUGCAAUGCUAUACCUAGCAUUUUACUAGGUCUGCAUCUCCUUUAUGAGGAAGACAAACUUAACACGAUGGCAAAUCCCGGUCGAAAGGACACAAGAAACAGGCUGUUGCUCGUUCUUAUUCAGCUGGGACAUUGGCUUGGAUGGGGAGACUGGAAGUCUGGGAGCAAGACCUACUAUGGACACGAAUCUGAAGUGGUCACCGACUAUUUGUACGACGAUUCAUUACUCGAUGGUCUGCGAAUUCCAUCCCAACCAUUUCCGCCGCCGUCAAUUUACGAACAUUUUGAAAAGUGGAUUACCGGAUUCUCACCUGCUCCAUUCUUGACGUUGACUCGUGUAUCUGGUUUGCCACAGCCGAGCAAUCAUGACCAUCCAUUGUGGCUGCAGGCAGCGGAUUUAACACCCCGAACGCUGGCUUUACUGUCCUUCAUCGAUCAAUCGAAGGAUCAGCUCAACCCCCACAAAGCAAUCGCAGUUCUGUUUAGGUCAGGGUUCAAUGAGAGCAUCUUGAGCACACUUCCUGAUGGAGUAGCUGCUGCCUUCCAUCAAACAAUUGCAACGAACCGGUACAGGGCGGACAGAAUCGGGGACCGAGUCAAUCAGCUUAUCCUAGGACGAAAUGCUGCAACUCCACGAACCGACGAUCUCGCUCACAACUCCUACAAGGCACAGUUGCUACCAUCGUCACACGAAGCUCUAAAGGACUAUCACGCCGUCUGCUCGUCUGCAAUCGAGGCGGAAACACUUCAGAGAUGGGACGCAUCCUCUGAGGCCGACCGACAUGUUAUCAGCAAAUUGAUAUUCAAUGAAGACCGUCGUUUCAUGGAAGCCUCCAAGCUUGUCAACCAGACAAAGCCUCCGGUGGUUGAGUGCAUUCCCCAGGUUGGCUGGAGUGACGUGGACUUGUUAGAGGCACAAAAAGAUCUGGCGCAUCACGUCACCCGCAGGACCUUGUCCGUGGCUGCAGGCCGAGGGAUGAUGCAUUUCAGUGCUCGUGUACCCCUGCUCACUGAGAGGGUGCCCAUACCUGCUUUCAGUCUGCAAUGUAUCCUGAAACCGCGUAAUGCCAGCGAGGAUUCUCAAGCCAUGACUUUUAGCGCCGACAAGAUCUCGUUCACGGAAGAGAAAGUGGCUUGGGCCUUCUUCCACAACGGCGUCUCGAUGGGUCUCAUGAUUUCGACCGAAGCCAAAGGGAUCAACACCUCGUGGAUCCUGUUCAACAAGCCGCACGACUUGACAAACCGUCACGCUGGAUUUUUGCUUGCUUUGGGUCUCAAUGGACAUCUGAAAACGCUGGCCAAAUGGGUUGCAUUCAAGUAUCUCACGCCCAAGCACACGAUGACAUCUGUCGGACUCUUGCUGGGGCUAUCAGCCUCUUUUCUGGGGACCAUGGACACGCUGAUAACGCGCCUGCUCUCCGUGCACGUCACCCGUCUGCUGCCGCCCGGUGCAGCUGAGCUCAAUCUGUCCCCAUUGACCCAAACCACUGGAAUUAUGGGAAUUGGGCUUCUGUAUUACAAUUCUCAACACCGCCGCAUGUCUGAAGUCAUGCUAUCCGAGAUUGAAAACGAUGAUCCGGAAGAGGGUGUUGCAUUCGACCACGUCCUUCGCGACGAGGGUUAUCGACUUGCGGCCGGAUUUUCUCUAGGCCUCAUCAAUCUUGGGCAGGGCAAACGCCUCCAUGGUCUUCAUGAUAUGGGUGUUGUGGGACGCCUUCUCACCAUCGCCGUGGGCACGAAGAAUGUGAACAUGGUCCACGUCCUCGACCGCGCAACUGCGGGGGCUGUUAUGGCCAUUGCUUUCAUUUUUAUGAAGACCAAUGACGCGGUUAUCGCGAAGAAUGUCGAUAUUCCAGAUACAUUGCACCAAUUCGACUAUGUCCGACCAGAUAUCUUCCUUCUCCGGACUUUGGCUCGACAUCUGAUUAUGUGGGAUUCAAUUGAGCCAACGAACGAUUUCAUUCGAGUGGCGCUUCCCGAUCCCUACAAGUCGAGGAUUGAUUUGAGGGCGACGAAAUUUCUCAGCACCGAAGACAUGCCGUUCUUCAACAUUGUUGCCGGUAUCUGCUUCGCUAUCGGGCUGAGGUUCGCUGGCUCUCAACGACAGGACGUCCGCGACCUCCUCGUCUCUUACCUGGACCAAUUCAUCCGCCUGAGCCGGCUACCCGCACACAAUUACGAUUCGCGAGUGACUCUGAAUAGUGUGCGCAACUGCCUCGACACCCUUGCCCUGGCUUCAGCCACCGUCAUGGCUGGUUCCGGCGAUUUGAUCAUCAUGCGCCGUCUGCGGGCUCUUCAUGGACGCACAGACGGCGAGACGCCAUUCGGAAGCCACCUUGCGGCACAUAUGGCGCUUGGUGCGUUGUUCCUCGCUGGCGGCACACGUACCUUCGGAACCUCAAAUCUAGCAAUCGCAAGCUUGUGCAUCGCCUUCUACCCGAUAUUUCCUAACGACAUUCUCGACAAUCGUGGCCACCUUCAAGCUCUGCGUCAUUUAUGGGUGCUUGCCGCUGAGGGACGGUGCCUCGUCGCAAGAGAUGGUGACGCCGGUCGCUCGGUCUCAGGGGGCAUGACCGCUCGCAUCCAUCUGAAAAAUGGUGAGACGCAGACAACCCGCUUGCCAGGGUUGAUACCAGAGUUCGACACCAUCAAAUCCAUCGAUAUCAAGGGUGAGGGGUUCUGGGAUGGGCAUCUCGAUUUCGAAGCGGGAGGGAAAAUGCUGAGAGAAAAGAUCAAAAGCGAGAAUGCCGUGAAUGUUGUCCUUCGACGCCGCGCGGCGUACGACGAGCCUCCGAAGAACCUUUUCACGGCGGACUUCCAAGCCAAAGCUUGGGCGAUGGGAAUUCCGAGUAUUGACCCUAAUGCUGUUCCUUCUUAUACCAGCACGGUCGCCAUCAGCUCCACAUCCGGAGCUGGCGCCGUGACCAGCCUUGCGAAGACGGGAAUUCCAAACGCAUUCGAAUGGAUUUUUGAAAUCGAGGCUCUGAAGGACUUUGAUCCUGCGGAACGGGCGCUGGUCCUAGGCCCCACGCCUCUCGAUGCGGCAGAAUUGAGCAGAGUCACUGUUGUGGAUUCUCGACUGGAGUUCGAGAAGGGAAUUCUCCCUACGGAACAUGAGGCAGAGCAAAGGGUCGGUGUAGAAAAGAGACACAUGGACAAAGAUAAACUGUGGCAGUUGAGACUGUUGUUUGCCUGGUUUGAUCGAUGGGAGAGGGAGGAUGAGGAGCGUGAUCAAAGAAAGCAAACAACUGAGCGAUAUGGGAGAAGCUCUGCACGGGAUACUGACGGGGAUGAAGGUGCAGAUAAGUGGUUCUCGGACCGUGGUGGGGCUUGGCUGAGAAGAGAGGUGAUCGAGAGGCUGAGGUGGAGGGUGUGGCAUCUGACAACAGGAACGCGCGAUGGGGACGACGAAGCCAGCGACCACGACGCUGACGAGAUGUUGUGGCGAUAA